AUGAAAAAGUAUGGCUACGUUGGUAUUGGCGUUUACCUCACUCUUAGUGCAUUGGAUUUGGCUGCCACCAUGGCAGUCAUCAAUGUCAAAGGAGCUGGUAAAGUCGUGGAGAUGGAACACUACGUGAUGGGUAAAGUAAAAGGUUGGGUGGGUAUGGAGCAUCCACCUUUGGAUAAAAGCCAACUAUACGAUCAUAAACCAUCCCUAACAUCCGUUUUUGUCGUGGCCUACGGAAUUCAUAAAACGGCCUUGUUACCUGUUCGAUUAUCGCUUACAGCAGCUAUUACACCCGCUGUAGCAAGACAGUUAAAGAAUUGGGGAUGGUUAAAAAGUAAACUUCCUAAAUAA